AUGGUUCAGACCGUUAGAUCAUGGUGGGACGUUUUUCGUAGUUCUCCCAGCAAUGAGAUGGUUACCCUAUUUCGCUCUGAACAUCUCAAUGCCAAAAUCACCACCUUCACGCAAAUGGCAUGGGCUACGACAAGAAGUCUGGGAUGCUCGAUUGUGAAGUGCUCAUCAAAUUACGUUGUAGUUUGUCGAUACUCGCCAAGGGGGAACAUCCUCAGUGCGGCUAUUUACGAGCCUGGACCAACCUGCUGGAGUUGUUCUGCUGGAUGCGAAGCGAAUUUAGGACUUUGCCAAUGA